AUGAAAUACGACAUGGAGACAAACGAAGUCUUGCAAAUCAAGGUCACCUCAGAAAUUCCAAAGCAGAAUUUUGGCAAGCAUUGUGUAUCACGCGAUGGGACUCGUGUGGCGCUGGUUGGACAUCGCGGACAGGUUUACCUUUUCGAUGGCCAGAGCUUCGACUUUGUGCAACGAUUCAACGCGCCGGUGGAGAUUGCGGAUAUCCAUUUCUUCCCUGGUAGCAGCGAAGAACUUUGGGCGCUUGGAGAAAACAGCCGGGUCUACAUUUGGUCGAGCUCGACGAAAGAACUGCACACAUUCUUCAACCAGGGCGCGGUCCAUGGCACAGCAUUGGCUCUCAGCCCGGAUGGCAGAUAUGUGGCAAUCGGG